AGGGCUGGCCACCUAUUGGUGGCCGCUGCGACACACUGAUUGGAAGGCCGCCCUCCCCGCGGACUCGGCGGCUCACUUUGUGGAGCCAUGCGUCCUGAACGGGCUACUUUUUGGUACCGGCGGAUGUCCAUGGUCUACGCAAUCAGCGCCUGGGGGGCGCUGGGUUCGGCGAUUUUCCUUACACGUAGACAGAAGGAGCCAGGUUAUGGAGAAGAACAGAAGGAUGGCUGGAGGGAUGAAGCCCCUCUUGCUACAUGCGAAGACUCUGACUUUGACAGGGAAAUAAGUGAGCCCCUUGACGAGCCUCAUCUGCAGACAUUUGUAAAGAAUCCAAACAGUUUUAUGUCAGUCACUCAGAGGAUCACGGACCAUCUGAAGUCAUGGAUUGGUGGGCCUGGGCCCCAGUCGUGAUCAACUGCUGAAUUCGGAAAACAAGGACUGGGCUCUUUGUUUGACAGAUGCCUUGAUUUUCAUUUUGUGCUUGUGGAAAGAAUGUAUUAAUUUGACUUUAUAAAAUAUAAUCAUUACUGUGCAACUGAUGAAUUCUUCAGGGAACUGAACACAUAAUUCGAGAGGUGGUCUUCUGUUUCCAUGGCUGAAAGAUGAUAUAGACCAUUGCAUUUUUAAAAUUACAUUUAUUUGUGAAUGACAUGUGUCUGCGUGUGUGCGCGUGCUGUGAUGUGUUCAUGGAGGUCAGAGGACAGUUUGUAGGAGUUGGUUGUCUCCUUCCACUGUGGUUCCAGGGUUCAUAUUCAUGGUCAUUGGGUACCUGCUGAACCAUUGCAUUGGCCCUGAAAUUUUAGUUUUGGAAGUUUUACUUAUGGGGCUGGAGAGAUGGCUCAGCAGCUAAGAGUACUUGCUGCUCUUCCAGAGGACCCAGGUUCAAUUCCCAGCACCCAUACGGUGGCUUAAAACUGUCUGCAAUUCCUGUUCCAUGGGACCUGACACCCUACCACAGACAUACAUGCAGGUAAAAUGCCAAUGCUUGUAAGAAUCAAACAAACAAAAACCAAAAAAAUCCACAAAUGUUGCCCUGACAAAGGAUCAGUGCUGCAUUGGGAUCCUGAACACCCAGUUUAGUUGCCGGCCAUCUA